CUUUGACCCUCCCCGCUUGCCGUAGCUGCUGUAGCUGUCACUGUGGAUCAUGCUGACCCUGCUCCGCUGCCGGGGGUCUCUCACCCGCUGUCCCUGGAGGGUGAGGGCUUCCUCGGGGCUGAGCAGCAGCCAUGAGAGCUCCAGCCAGAGGAAAUACCGGGACACGGUGCUACUACCAACCACAGCCUUCCCGGCCAGGAGGGACCCAGGCAGCGAGCUGAGAGUGCAAGAGGUCAGGGGCCACAUGGGAUACUGGAUAGGGAUAGGGAUAGGGAUAGGGAUACUGGAUAGGGAUAGGGAUACUGGAUAGGGAUAGGGAUACUGGAUAGGGAUACAGGAUAGGGAUAGGGAUACUGGAUAGGGAUACUGGAUAGGGAUAGGGAUACUGGAUAGGGAUACUGAUUAGGGAUAGGGAUACUGAUUAGGGAUAGGGAUACUGGAUAGGGAUACUGAUUAGGGAUAGGGAUAGGGAUACUGAUUAGGGAUAGGGAUACUGAUUAGGGAUAGGGAUACUGGAUAGGGGUAGGGAUACUGGAUAGGGGUAGGGAUACUGGAUAGGGAUAGGGAUACUGGAUAGGGAUACUGAUUAGGGAUAGGGAUACUGAUUAGGGAUAGGGAUACUGGAUAGGGAUAGGGAUACUGAUUAGGGAUACUGGAUAGGGAUACUGGAUAGGGAUAUGGAUACUGAUUAGGGAUAGGGAUACUGGAUAGGGAUAGGGAUACUGGAUAGGGAUAGGGAUACUGGAUAGGGAUAGGGAUACUGGAUAGGGAUAGGGAUACUGGAUAGGGAUAGGGAUACUGGAUAGGGAUACUGGAUAGGGAUAGGGAUACUGGAUAGGGAUACUGGAUAGGGAUACUGGAUAGGGAUACUGGAUAGGGAUACUGGAUAGGGAUACUGGAUAGGAUAGGGUACUGGAUAGGGAUAGGGAUAGGGAUACUGGAUAGGGAUACUGGAUAGGGAUAGGGAUACUGGAUAGGGAUAGGGAUACUGGAUAGGGAUACUGGAUAGGGAUACUGCAUAGGGAUAGGGAUACUGGAUAGGGAUAGGGAUACUGAUUAGGGAUAGGGAUACUGAUUAGGGAUAGGGAUACUGGAUCGGGAUACUGAUUAGGGAUAGGGAUACUGGAUAGGGAUACUGAUUAGGGAUAGGGAUACUGAUUAGGGAUAGGGAUACUGGAUAGGGAUAGGGAUACUGGAUAGGGGUAGGGAUACUGGAUAGGGAUAGGGAUACUGGAUAGGGAUACUGGAUAGGGAUACUGGAUAGGGGUAGGGAUACUGGAUAGGGAUAGGGAUACUGGAUAGGGAUACUGGAUAGGGAUACUGAUUAGGGAUAGGGAUACUGAUUAGGGAUAGGGAUACUGAUUAGGGAUAGGGAUACUGGAUAGGGAUACUGAUUAGGGAUACUGGAUAGGGAUAUGGAUACUGAUUAGGGAUAGGGAUACUGGAUAGGGAUAGGUGUAGGUCUGUGCCAGGCCUCUGUGUGCUUUGUGUUUCCUAUGGCACUCACAUGGCUGGCUGGGAAAUACACUCCAUAAAACUGGAGUACCAAGACUUAGCCCUCACUGACCCACAGCUUGAGAACAUUACAUUGGGAUUGGUUCUUUACACUUUACUAAAGGGAAAUCCCUGUAUUCUAAGGAUACAGGGGUUGGAUAUAUUGCUUUUUAUACUACAGGGCCGUUGAAUGCUUCAAUCUGCUUGGUUGACGAACGUUCUAAAGUGUGCAUUAUUUUCAGGGAGACGCACAGCUAAAGUAGUUCCAGACAGGUCUUGACCGCAUUACAGUUGCGUAAGAAAUUAGUCCUGCAUACAAUAGCGUUUUAAUGACAAAAACUUGACAAACGUCUUGAAAUACAUCAUCUGAACAAUAUUUCGAGGUGUGGUAACUAUUGUAUAAGCGGAAUAAUUGACUCCAGGCCGUCGAAUUAUUAGAAAAAAUAAUGCAUUUUUCUAAUAAUUCAACAGCCUGUCGUCAAUUAUUCCUUACAUACCCCUGCUGUAGCUUUGCAUGUCAGUGUUAUUGGCUUUGUAACAAUGCUGCGUUGUUGUAUUUCGUGGCAUUACAAUUCUUCUAUAACACAGCCAUUUGAAGUCUCUGUUUUAACAGCUUUCAUAGAUAUUCACUUAACCUUAAAAUGUGCAGAAUUAAAACAUUUCUAAAUUGAAGCUAAAAUAGCCAAGAUGUGAUUAUAGCUGUGUUGGAUAAUGAUUUCAUAUGACCUAUUUUUGUCAAAUUUUUCUAUUCUGAUUAUAAUUUGAAUACAAUUAGGAGAUUAGCGAAUAAUUAAUAUAUCCUUUAAAUGAAUUGCGAAUAUAUGUUCCUAUUGCAUGUGUUUUAUACUUUAUUACGUAAUAAACAGUGCUGUGUAUAUUUUAUUUAGGUUUUAUGAAUCCUAUAAAAGCUGAUAUUGUACUUUUUUUUCAGUUUUCUUUGUUUUAUACAUUGUUAUUAAAUUUAUAGUGACUUUACAACUGCCUUCUGACAGGAUUUAUAACUACAGUGCAAAUUGUCAGGAAGUAAAUCUAAAGCAAAUUUAACAAUUCACACCUAAAGUGGCACUAAUGGCACCCAGACCACUUCAGCUCAUUGAAGUGGUCUGGGUGAAGUGUCCCAGGUCACUUAACCCUGCAAAGAUAAUUUUUGCAGUUUUUAAAGGGACACUCCAGGCACCUAGACCACUUCGGCCCAUUGGAGUGGUCUGGAUGCCAACUCCCACUACCCUUAACCCUGCAAGUGUAAUUAUUGCAGGUUUUAUAAACUGCAAUAAUUACCUUGCAGGGUUAACGCCUCCUCUAGUGGCUGUCUGCUAGACAGCCACUAGAGGGCACUUCCUGGUUCAUAGCACAGGUAUGUGAGGACCUCCAGCGUAGCUAAAAUCCCCAUAGGAAAGCAUUGAAAGCAUUUUCAAAGCUUUCCUAUGGGGAGGUCUAAUGCAGCGCAUGCACAUUAGGUCUCCCCCGCCGGCGGCCGCACAUGCGCAUUAGGUCUCCCCCGCCGACUGACGUCGGUGGGGGAAGAGCAUAGGCGGACCCUGGACCAGCGCCGAGAGACAUCGGCGGGGACUUUGGUAAGUCACUGAAGGGGUUUUCACCCUUUAUGCAACCUGGGAUGGGGGGUAGGAGCGAGAGGGGACUUGCAGUGCCAGGAAAACAAGAAACUGCAAUAACUGCCUGCUAGUGUUAACUCCACCUCUAGUGGCUAUCUACCAGAUAGCCACGAGAGGAUCUCUCCGGGACGAUUCACCUGACGCUGGACAUUCUCACGCUACACAUGGUAGCGUCCAGUGUCACCCAAAAAGCCAUAGGAAAGCAUCAUACAUGUGUAUUCGCAUUAAAUCUCUCCCACCAGUAGACGGUGACAGGGGAGGAGUGGAGGCAGAGCCCAAGCCAGCACCGAGGGACAUCGGCACUGUAAUCAGGUAAGUGUCUAAAGGGUUUUUUAACCCUUACUGUACCGCGGGUGGUAGCCACCAGAUAGGGGGGCACUAUAGGAAGCUAUAGUGCCAGGAAAACAAUAGUGUCUCAGCGAAGCAGUUGCAAUGUUCUUUUAAUGUAUAUUAGCAAUAUUUAUUUUGUCCACACAGGAAAGUAAGUUUUUAGAACUGUACAACUGGCAAAAAGGAAGAAAAACAAAGAAGGAAUUUAGCCUUCAUGAUGGACCCCCUUAUGCCAAUGGUGACCCUCAUGUUGGCCAUGCCCUUAAUAAGGUAUGUUAUAAUUCUCAGAAUUGGCGGGAUUGCACUGUUUUAUGGAAUGUACAGUACUCUUUUAUUUUGUUAAAGGAACAUUAAAUCUGUAUUCCUAAUGCUAUAGUGUUCUAGUCACUGUUGCAGGAGUAAAAAAAAAAAAGCUUACUCACCUUUUCACUGAUUUAUAUUUAUGUAAUUAUGUGUUUUAUAGUAUUCUAUGUGGCAUUUCUCACUAUCCUAGCACUUUUACAUAACGUGGAACAUUGGCUACAUUUAUAUGACGUCUGUACAGUUGACCACAGAUAGUGUACCACAUGUAAAAGAUACCCACAUCCACAGAUAAUAUACCACAUUCAUUAUAUUAAUAAAUUGUAAAUAUCUUCUAAUGUCUACGUACAGUGGGUAUGUUCCAACAUGCAUCUAACAGCCAUACAGAUUGCUUUACGUUAACUUAUUGUAUCCAUAAUGAGCAUGGUUAACUGGUGUUGUCAGAAAGUGCUUUCUUUAGAACAUAUAGCAAGAACGUGUACAUGUGCCACUAUUUAAAUAUAUAACGGGAAUCACUAUUCAGAAUUCAAAAUUCUUGACUGAUGAGGAUAAUCAAAUUUUGCAUUAUAGUCUGUUUGCUGUAAUGUUCGAUGUUUUCUGCUUGCAUUCUAUAGAUUUUGAAGGAUAUAACCAAUCGUUUUCACAUGAUGAGGGGCUAUAAGGUGAGCUACGUGCCUGGCUGGGACUGCCAUGGCCUACCUAUUGAACUGAGAGCUCUGGCAGAGUUAGGAGAGGAAGCUGAAAAUCUUUCUGCACUGGAAAUCAGAAGUAAAGGUACCACUGCUGUGUCUCACAACGAAAAGGAUAGACUUUGAUAGCUUAAAGCCACCUCUGCCUUUAAAAAUUCUAAAUUGUGACUGCUUAUUCAACAGAAACAUCCACAUUAAAAUCCUUUUUUUUUAUUUUUUAUUUCAAUUGGACAUUUACUAAAUAUUCCUAUUGUAAAUAUUUUAUUUCCACAACCAUGCAAGCUAUAGAUAACAUUAAGUGCUGAAGCAGAGAAACAUUUAAAAUGUAUUUGGCUUUAUUUCUUUAGUAGUUAUUUAAAGGUAUGUCGGGCAUGUUGUUAUGUGAACGCAUUUUCCCAACACCUGGUCAUUAUGGAAUAAAAAGCCCAGCCAUGUUUGAGAUAAAUCCAUGUACUAAUACAAAUUAUUAUUAUUGCUGGUAUUUAUAUAGCGUCAGCAUAUUCCUUAGUGCUAUACAAUAUUAUCAAAGAGGGAGAUUUAACAAUAAAUGAGACAAUUACAAAAACUUACAGGAACAAUAGGUUGAACGAGCUUACAGUCUAUAGGAGGUGGGGCGUAAAACACAACAGGACAGCAGGUAGCAAUCAAACAAUGUGGAGUGAAGCAGAGCUGGAGGAGAGAAUAGAGUGCUAACCUUUAGGAGAGAGCAGGAGACAGGUAUGUGAGGUAGAGGUUACUUUGGAAGGCCAUAAGCUUUCCUAAAGAGAGGGGUUUUGAGGCACUUUUUAAAUGAUUUAAAGACUAGGGGAGAGCUUGAUGGUCAUAGGCAGGCUAUUCCAAAGGAAAGGAGCUACCCGCGAGAAGUCCUGCAAGCGUGAGUUGGCCGUACGGGUGCGAGCAGCGGACAGGAGAAGGUUAUGGGCAGAGCGGAGAGACCGAGAAGGGGCGUACUUGCGGAUCAAUGAAGAGAUAUAGGAGGGGCUAGAAUUGGUUUGUGCUUUAUAGGUGUGGAUUAGUACCUUGAAUUGACUUGUAUAGGAUACUGGAAGCCAAUGCAAGGACUGACAGAAGGGAGAGAUGUGAGCGGAGUGACAGGAGAGGAAAAUCAGUCUAGCUGCAGCAUUCAUUACAGACUGUAGCGGGGCAAUACGACUUGUGGCAAGACCUAUUAGGAGAGAGUUACAAUAAUCAAUGCGAGAGAUUACUAGAGCAUGGACAAGCUCCUUAAUAGCAUCCUACGUAAGAAAGGGGCAGAUGUGGGCUAUGUUUUUAAGGUGUAAUCUACAGGAUUUGGUAACAGACUGCAUGUGAGACUCAAAUGUGAGGCCAGAAUCAAAUGUAACACCAAGACAGCAUACUUGCAAGGAUGGGCUGAUGUGGGUACCACCAACUUGAAGGGAGAUCGAGAGAGGAGUAUCAUUAUUGGUAGGAGGAAAGAUAAGAAGUUCAGUUUUAGAGAAAUUGAGUUUCAAAAACCGGGAGGACAUCUAAUAAGAGAUGGAAGAAAGGCAAACAGUGACACGUUGCAGAACGGCAGGGGAGCGGUCUGGAGAUGAGAAAUAUAUCUGGGUGUCAUCAGCGUACAGGUGGUAUUGAAAUCCAAAUGAGGUGAUAAGUUUGCCAAGUGAGGCAGUAUAAAGAGAAAAUAGAAGGGGACCAAGUACAGAGCCUUGGGGGACUCCAACAGAGACAGGACGAAGGGAGGAGGUAUCAUUAGAAAAGGAGACCCUGAAUGAGCGUUGGGAGAGAUAAGAGAAAAACCAAGAGAGGACAGUGUCACAGAGACCGAGUUUGGAGAAGGAGGACAUGGUCAACAAUGUCAAAGGCAGCAGAGAGGUCAAGAAGAAUUAGUAUGGAGUAGUGCCCUUUGGAUUUAGCUGUGAUUAGGUCAUUAGUGACUUUAAUAAGAGCAGUCUUAGUAGAGUGGAAGGGCGGAAGCCAGACUGAAGAGGGUCAAGGAGAGUGUUGGAAUUGAGGAAACAAGUCAGACGGGUAAAGACAAGUCUUUCCAGAAGCUUUGAGGAAAAAGGGAGCAGGGAUAUGGGACGAUAGUUAGAAGGGGAGAAUGGGUCAAGAGAUGUUUUUUUUUCAGAUGGGUACUACAGUAGCAUGUUUAAGGGCAGCAGGGACAACACCAGAAAAGAGAGAGCAGUUGAAGAUAUGUGUUAAGGAAGGCACAAAACUAGAGGAGAUAGAUCUAAUCAGGUGAGACGGGACAGGAUCAAGCGGGCAAGUGGUGGGGUGAGAGGAAAGGAGAAAUGCAGCCACCUCUUGUUCAGUAGCCUGGGAGAAAGUCUGAAGGGUAGGAAAGGCAUGAUCCAAAUGUGGUUGAGAAAGAGAGGGGAAAGGUGGUGGGAAUUCUUUCCUUAGCUGUUCAAUCUUGCCGAUGAAGUAGCAUGCACAACUAUCGGCUGUAAGAUUAGUUUUAAGGGUGGCCACAGCAGGGCAAAGAAGAGAGUUAAAGCUACUAAACAGAUGCCUGGGAUUGCAUGAGCUAAUGAGGGGGGGAAAGUAUGACUGUUUGGCAAGGGCUAUGCUGUAUGAAUGCAACAUGAAUUUGUAGUGGAGGAAGUCAGACUGGGUGCGUGACUUACUCUAGCAGCGUUCAGCAGAACGGGAGCAUCUCUGCAGGUAGCAUGUUGAUUUAGUCUGCCACGGUUGGGGGCGUGUUCUCAUCAAGGUGCAAAUUUGGAGCUGGGCUGCAGCGUCCAGGGUAGAGGGUAGUGUUCUAUGGGGAGAUAGCCAGUGAGGGUCAGAAGAAAUUUGGGAUGGAUAGAAGUUGGGAAUUAAUAUUAGCUGAUAGCUGCUGGAGGUCAAUAUAAAAGCUGCUUGGUCCUAUAUAGCCCUCUCUACUGAAACUGAGAGCAAAUUUGGAACAUGGAUAGGAACAGUGUCUCAGUAUUACUUCAGUGAAUGACCCUCAUUUUCACUCACAAUUUAUCAAGAGCAUUUGAAACAGGUGUCCUGUAUCACUUGGCAACAGUAAAUAUGUCUUUCAUCCCUGGAUCUGUGAGAAUAGAGCGCUAAAGAGGAUCUGACAUUUUAAGGAUGAAAGGUAGCACUUACCAAAUUAUAAAGGCUUUAUUUUUAAGUGUAACUCAGGAGCCAUUGUAAAGCUGUAUUAAUAUAAUAACAAAACGUCAAACAAGCUAGCAGUAAAUGAUAACAAUUUAGGUGCCCAAGUGCUAUAUAUUUAGCAAACUCUGUCAGCAUUUUCAUGUAAACUUGACCAAUAUGUCUUACAAUAAGACAAGUGUGGUAUUUGUUUUUAAUUUUAAUUUCAAAUUAUGUAACUAAACCAUCCCUGCUAUUUCAUUUAGCUAGGGUGUUUGCAGAGAAGGCAAUCGAAAAGCAGAAAUCCUCUUUCAUUCGCUGGGGGAUAAUGGCGGACUGGGAGAAAUGUUACUAUACGUUUGAUCCGAAGUAUGAAGCAAAGCAAUUGGAUGUGUUCUACAAAAUGUACGACAAGGUACUGAAAUCUAAUAAUGUUGGAAGGUAUACUUUUCUGUUUAUCUAAAGUUAACAAUUAGAACACAAGCACAGGAUGUAGUCUUUCGAGGGGAAUAUUGGACCAUAGUGGUAGUUUGAUUUGAUUUCAUAUACUUUUAAGAAUGCUCAAUGCCGUGUUUUUUGCAUUAAACUGAUGGCAUACCGAUAGAAAUUGGGUAACUAAAAUAAUAGAUCAGGGUGGUGCAGUAGACAUUGCUUACUUAGGUUUCAGUAAGGCUUUUGACACUGUUGCACAUAGAAGGCUUAUCAAUAAACUGCAAUCUUUACUUUGGAUUCCAAUAUUGUUGAAUGGGUAAGGCAAUGGCUGAGUGACAGGCAACAGAGGGUUGUAGUCAAUGGAGUGUAUUCAAAGCAAGGUCUUGUUACUAGUGGGGCACCUCAGGGAUUUGUACUUGGACCCAUUCUCUUUAAUAUUUGUAUUAGUGGUAGUGCAGAAGGUCUUGAUGGUAAGGUAUGUCUUUUUGCUGAUGAUACAAAGAUAUGUAACAGGGUUGAUGUUCCAGGAGGGAUAAGCCAAAUGUCAAAUGAUUUAGGUAAACUAGAAAAAUGGUCAGAAUUGUGGCAACUGACAUUUAAUGUGGAUAAGUGCAAGAUAAUGCUUCUUGGACGUAAAAACCCAAGGGCAGAGUACAGAAUAUUUGAUAGUCUUAACCUCAACAUCUAAGGAAAGGGAUUUAGGGGUGAUUAUUUCAGAUAAUUUAAAGGUAGGCAGACAAUGUAAUAGAGCAGCAGGAAAUGCUAGCAGAAUGCUUGGUUGUAUACGGAGAGUUAUUAGCAGUAGAAAGAGGGAAGUGUUCAUGCCAUUGUACAGAACACUGGUGAGACCUCACUUGGAGUAUUGUACGGAGUACUGGAGACCGUAUCUCCAGAAGGAUAUUGAUACUUUAGAUGGAGUUCAGAGAAGGGCUACUAAAAUGGUUCAUGGAUUGCAGGAUAAGACUUACCAGGAAAGGUUAAAGGAUCUUAACAUGUAUAGCUUGGAGGAAAGACGAGACGGGGGGAUAUGAUAGAAACAUAAAGGGAAUCAAUGCAGUAAAGGAGGAGACUAUAUUUAAUAUAAAAUAAAUACCACAACUAGAGAACAUGGUCUUAAAUUAGAGGGGCAAAGGUUUAAAAAUAAUAUCAGGAAGUAUUACUUUACUGAGAGGGUAGUGGAUGCAUGGAAUAGCCUUCCAGCUGAAGUGGUAGAGGUUAACACAGUAAAGGAGUUUAAGCAUGCAUGGGAUAGGCAUAAGGCUAUCCUAACUAUAAGAUAAGGCCAGGAACUAAUGAAAGUAUUUAGAAAAUUGGGCAGACUAGAUGGGCCGAAUGGUUCUUAUCUGCCAUCACAUUCUAUGUUUCUAUUGUUUUUCCUUUCCAAGGAGUUUGACUAGCAUAAUGGGUGUUUUUUGCAUACAGUAUAAAACGGAGUUUAUGUUAUACUUAUUUCUCAUCAUUAUGCGGAAGCCUGAUAAUAAGCGUGCAUUUAAUUAUAAAAUUUUUAAUUGGGAUAUAUCUAAAGCAACUGGCAAAAGCUGCAUAUCACAUGUCUGCUGCCUUUGCAAGCUCUCUACUUUUUUUUUUCCCCUCCCAACCCAUAUUUUCUGCAGUUGUCCAAUUACAUAUAUCCCAUUGCUUCUCAAUGAUAAGCAAGGCAGGUGCUCUGAGAAUUUACCUGCCUCUUGGGUUUAGCUGCACUGCGCUAAGCAAGCAAGGAAGUUAAACAUUUAUCUGAUAGACAAUUAGGGGGGAAUAACAAUGUUAAUUAUUACAUAUUCCUUUCUAAAUGUCAUUCAUCUGUUACUGGAACAGUCAGCACAUUUUUAAUCUACAGAUGACUUUGAGAAAUGUAAUCAAUAGUCUAUAGCUUACACUGUAUGCAAACUAUCAGGAAUAUAGAUUUGCAAUGUCUUAUACAAGCUUCAAGGUUGAGUUUAAAGGUAAAUAGGGUAAUAAAAUAUUUUGUAAUAAAGUUGCUCUCAUAAAUCUUUCCAUAAAAAAACAUGGAGAGGGUACAUUACCCCAGGGACCUUUCUAAUUGCUUGGCAACUUUAAGGUUUUCAGUUUUUUUUUCUAUAACUAUUUUUUCUAUAACUACCCACAAAAAAGAACUUAAAGGGACACUAUAGUCACCCAGACCACUUCAGCUCAAUGAAAUGGUCUGGGUGCCAGGUCCCCCAGGUUUUAACCUUUCAGAUGUAAAAAUAGCAGUUUCAGAGAAACUGGGUUAAAAUAGGGUUAUUUGGUCCCCCACCCCCCCCCGCCCCCUCCCUUGUGUCCCCCCUCCUGCUGGGCUGAAGGGGUUAAAAGCCUCUUCAGCCAUUUACCUUAAUCCAGUGCCGGGCUCGCUUGGCGCUGGUGACCACUCCUCCCCCUGCCGACGUCAGCUCCUGAGUGAAGCCGAAUGCGCAUGCACGGCCACAGCCGCGCGCGCAUUCAAACCGCCCAUAGGAAAGCAUUACUCAAUGCUUUCCUAUGGGAAACUGAACUCACACUGCGUGCGUUCAACACAAUUUUCACACUAAGAAUCACGGAAGUGGCCUCUAGUGGCUGUCAGGGAGACAUCCACUAGAGGCUGGAUUAACCCUGCAGUGUAAACAUAGCAGUUUCUCUACACGUAAUAUAGCCCUAAAACAGCAUUAAACCUUAUCCUGCAGUAAUGCUAACACCAACCCUUUCUUAACCUUAUCCCUAACUCAGAGGAAUUCCCUCUGCUGAAAGAUUUCCCUACUUAAAGGGAUUCUAAAGUGUAAGGAAUAUACAGUGGGACCCCGGUUUACGAAUUUAAUGUAUUCUCCGGGAUGUUUCUUAUUGCGAAAAAUUUGUAAACUGAAACGUGGUUUCCCAUAGGAAUGCAUUGAAAACCAAUCAAUCCGUUCUGGAGGUCAGAAAAAAGUCAAAAUGAGCUGGCAUGGAAACCAACCCACAAUGCAGAACACACAAUAAAAGGCAUGCAAAUGACGAAGCUCAGCUCCCUACCUUUCUACAGCUUGAGAAAUCCACCAAAAAGUCCCAAAACAACUGCAAACAAUUUCCAGAAUGGCUCCAAAGCUCAAUGCAAAAUCCGCUCCAACACCUCCACACCUGACGCCACGUGCUACCCACAGGCUCCAGCAUGCAGGGGACGGUGCUAUAAACCUCCCAGGUGCAAUGCAUCCUGGGGAAACUUGCUUUGGAUUGCAAAAACCUUUGUCAACUGAGGCAUGAUUUUCAAUGGAUUUUCAUUUGUAAACCGAAAAUUAUGAUAACUGAGUCGUUUGUAAACCGAGGUCCCACUGUAUAAAUAUAUAUAUAUAUAUAUACCCCUCCCUCACAGCCCACCCUACUCCCUGGCAUGGAAAGGGUUACAAAAUCUUUUACACUUACCCGAUUCCAGCGCCAAUCUCCCUCGGCAUUGGGGUCGGCACUGUGCCUCCUCCAACGUCAACUUCAAUGCUUUCCUAUGGGGAUUUUACUGAUGCUGGAUAUCCUCUUGCAGAGCGUUAGGGUGUCCAGCGUCACGCAACCAAAGCUCAGUUAGCCACCAGGAAGUGCCUCUAGUGGCUGUCUGAUUGACAGCCAUUAGAGCAGGGGUUCUCAACGUUAGUCCUCAGGACUCCCUACCAGUCCAGGGUUUAGGGAUUACCUGGGUGUGUCUAAGGUGUUUAGAAAAAUAAGAAAAAAACACCUUAGAGUCUAAGGUUUUUCCCCCCCCCCCCUUUUUCUAAACACCUGAGACACACCCAGGUAAUCCCCAAAUCCUGGACUCGUAGGGGGUCCUGAGGACUGGGUUGAGAACCCCUGCAUUAGAGGCAGUCUAAGACCUGCAAUGCAAACAUUGCAUUUUCUCAAAACCUGCAAUGAUUUACAAUGCAGGACUUAGUGGGACAGGGACACUGCACCCAGACCACUUCAAUGAGCUGAAGUCGUCUGGGUGCCUUCGAUAUCUCUUUAAACAGCAGAGAGCAAUCUGUGAGUGCCAUCCACUGGUGUUUGCAACAUGAAAAGGACAUCGACAUCUCCCAUUCAUGCUAAGUUUGGCAAAACCCAGCACUGAUCACAAUCAGAAAGAGGGCAUUCAGGGAGACUCUAGGGGUCUUGCUCAGACUAUGGGCAGCCCAGAGUCGCUAAGCUCGAUUGCUCUUCGGUGUUGAUUUAAAGGGAUGUAAAGGGCUGUAUAUAAGCGCUCACUUUGAGCAUUGCAUACAUCUCAUUGGUCAGUCUGGGGCCACCAAAUAUGGUCCAGCUGACAGAGGAGGGCACCAGGUAGUGAUUAAGCAGGGAUUUAACCAUGCUCACAUUAAAACGUUAGUACGUUCCGUGCUGCACUAACUUUGCUAAAGCCCACCAUUGCUAGGAUGGCAUGGAUCAUUUUAAUGCCCUUAAGACAUAGGUGUUUUGUCAAACCUUAUCAUCCCCUAUUUCUUUGUACCAUUUAUUGGUUUGAUGAGAAGACCAAAGUCCAAACAAGCUUAGUUGGAAAUAUGUUUAAACUCUGCUGUCAACUUGUCUCAACGCACUGUUUAGUUGAUAAACAUUCUGCACUGAAUGGGCAUGUGUCAUCUUUCUAUUCAGACCUUUUGUGCCCAUGUUGGCUACUGGAUUCCUUGACAAAUCUACACAUUAGAUGAAAAGAUGAGAAAACUGUGUUAAAGGAACUCUCCAAGCACCAUAACCACUACAGCUUGCUCUAGGGUAAGGAGUCACACCAUUUGUGAACUGGUUUGACUUCUUUCCUGAGGACUGCUUUGGCAUGGUUCCCCACCUCCACUAUUGAUGCAUAAGAAGUUGCCUUAGCUUAUUCCCUGAGAGCAUUGGCCUGCCUUAGAGCAUAGCAUUAGGACCCAGCUCAGAAGAGCAAACGGAAAUUCCUAUUUAGGAACUUCUGGCUCUCUGGUGUUAGCGGUGCUUGGAGUAUUCCUUAGUGGAACUGUCACUUCAGUAAAAAUUACACAACGGAAUAAAUCAUAGAAAUUCACCCGUGACGUGUGUUAACCAAUUUUUUAUGUAAUGCUUUUAAAAAAAAAAAAAUGUUUUAUUGAUCGUAAAUAUUUUAAAAAGUGAAAUCACAAUGCAAAUAAGGAGAACAGAAAAAUUGUUUGUUUUUCCUCUUUCAAUAACUAUGUUUAACGGUAGAAAAGGGCGAUAUUUAUAAUGUUGAUGGAUUGGCAGCCAAGAUGGAGGGAAUCUGUUUCAUUGAUAUAUUUGUGGGCUUUUAUAUUAUAUUUUAAUUUCAGACCUCAUAAAAUCAUGAGAAAUAACCGUUUCCCUUCAGAUAAAAAUAUAGUUUUAGAUGGAUAGUAUGUAAAUGUGCUUUUAAAUGUAUUUCUUUUAAUAUGAUGCUAAAUUUGUAUAACUUAGCAUGACUCAUAAAACAUUUCACCCCAUUCUAGGGUCUCAUAUACCAGGAUUAUAAACCUGUCUUUUGGUCGCCUUCAACAAGGUGAGGAUAUUUUCUUUUCUUUUCUUACUAAUCAGAGUCUUCAGGAGAAACAUUCUGUAUUUAUAGAACAAACUUUGAAAAAAAAUGAAUGAAAAAUGCUCAAUAAAAAUAUAUUUGGGAAAAAACUUUUAAAUGGAAUUCAAUACCAAUAUAUUAUCAAAUCCCAGUUGCUUCCCUUAUCACAUGUUGUAGCUUUUAACUUCUAAUGUAGAAUGUCAAGCUUCUCAAACCAGUCUUUAAGAAGGAACACCAAAGCUUCAAAUUUGAUGGAACUCCCCCUCAUUAGACAGCUACAUAAUCCAAAAAUCCUGAACCAUUGUUGGCCAUUUAAGGACUUUGUGUAAUUGGGCCAUGUAUCACAGACCAACACAGGCAGAUGUAACAAGUCACAGAUAUGAUAGAACUGGUGGGAUGUUUAAGAAUGGGAUGGCUGAACAAAGCUCUUGUUCAAUUCAAGUUACAAUUCAAAGUGAAUUUCAAAUAUAAGACCAAAGAAGCUGUAUUGAAAAUAUAGACGACUUACAGAAUAUUUAAAUUUUAGUUACUUUUACCUUAACCCCUUAAGGACCAAACUUCUGAAAUAAAAGUGAGUCAUGACAUGUCACAUAUGUCGUGUGUCCUUAAGGGGUUAAAUGUGAAAUUCACUUCAAAUUCUCACUUGGGUGAAUAACUCUGAAAACCUUUUCUGAGAUGUUACAGGCAAAAUCAUCCUUCAGGCCAUCUGAAAGUUUGCUAUUUGUCAAGCUCCAUACGUAGAAUUUACUAUUGUCAAUUUGUAGGUAUUCAUUUAAUGAAAGAGUAAUAGUUGAGUUGGUACAUUUCAAAGCUGUAUGGCACUAUGAUAAUGCUGAAUAUCAAUAGAGUCUAUCCCUGACCCUCCAGCUGCUGUUGUAUUACAUUUCCAAUAAUUCUUUACAAGAUGUUGGCCAUCAUUAAAUGAUGGGAAUCGUAGUCCAUUAACAGCUGGAGAGUCUGUGCUGAAUAGCUCUUCUACACACAUUACUAACACGAAUCACCUCCAUGCAGAACAGCUCUGGCCGAGGCAGAAUUGGAGUAUAAUCCUCAGCAUGUCAGCCGCUCCAUUUUUGCAAAGUUUCCUGUGCAACAGCCCCCUCCCAAGCUGGCAUCGAUGAUAGGUAUUGUUUUUUUUGUGAACAACAUAACGUAAACUGCUUCAUAUUGUGUUUUUUUGUUUGAAGGAAAGCAAAAAAGAGAUUUCACUGUAUUUUAUCUUUGAGAUAAGUGACUGUUGCAUGUAAUGUAUUUUUUUUAUUUUAUUUUUUGUUUUUUUAAUUAUUAUUUUACUAGAUACAUUGAGCAUCAUAUUAGCAAGCUGAAUGUUUACUAAACAUUUCACUUCUUUUAGACACAUUUUAUGUUUUAGAGAUAUGCAAUCAUUGACAUCUGAGAAUAAUUAUCUGCAGGUAUAAAAUUACUCUAGUCUACACAGUGAGUUUCCGAGUUGCAGGCUGGUUGUGCUGCAUUGUUUUUUAAGCCUGUGGGAUGUCCACGAUCAUGGCAGUGUGUGGCUGUCUCACUGUACUUCAUUCUGCCUGCAAACUUGCUUGACAGACAGACCAGCUGUCACAGAGCACUCGGUAUGCAGCAAUGUGUAUUCCAAACCAGCUUCUUUGUGCCGUGAUAAUAGACAUGCUGUAGGGUC